AUGGCAGAGAUCAGCGCCGUCUUUUCGCGCCUGGCCUUGGCCGGCGAAGAUGACCUUGAGCGUCACUACAUUCCGAAUGGUUGGCAAAAUUGGGAGAACGCAACGCACCUCACGGCGGACGACUUGUUCAAGCUUGGGUUCUACCUCGGUGGGCAGCACAUCCUGGAGAAGGUUAUUACACCGCAACCGGACAGUUCCGAUGACGCGUCUCUUAGUACUGCCUUCGCGAGUAUGUCUAUCGCAAAACGCGCUUAUCCGACCAUCCGGCCCCUAAACCCCACCGAAUCCAACCUCGAAUUAGCCAUGAUCGAAUACUUCAAGGCGCUCCACAAGCCUAAGGAUCAGGAAGAUACCGAGGACGACCGGGAGAUGUACCGCGAAUAUGAGGAAUUCCUUAGCCAAGAUCCACAUGGUGCGCUGAUAGAGACGUAUCACCUGCGCGGCGUCCUGAAGAGAUACGUGUCUGAGCAUAUCGACGUUCAAACAGUGGACUCGGAUGGAGUGUGGGGCCUGGUCAGAAUGGCACUUUGCCAGAUAGACGUCACAGCUUGUUUGUACCGAUGCCGUACCGAGUACGAAUUGAACGAAAGGGCGAUGGCAUAUGAUAGUGGGAAUAUCGACGGUCAGCUGGAUGCACUUCUUAAAGUUCUCAGCGAUGACCCUGAUGGCAUUCGAUUCGGUAUUGCGCAUAUUUCUAAAAGGUCGCGGAUACUUUGGAAUAGCAUCAUGCGGGAAUUCGGGCUUUGCGGAUCAGAUCAGAAUUACGCAGCCAUGCUGGCUCGUCUUUGCCGAAUUGCCUGUUCACCUCAGAAUUUCAAGUACUCCCCAGUCCUCCAAAAUGGCACCACUUUGAUACAAUGUAGUCCAACAUCUUUUGGAAACACUAUGAAGCUCCCCAAAUGUCGUUCUAACUUCAAGAUCUCCAUGUCUAUGAGCUUGUGUAGAGGUGCCUCACUGCAGAGCAUCUCACUCCUACUUCGUGCCAACGUGGGCGACACCCAAGAUAUCAGCGCCACGAUCAGUGACGUGGUUUUAGUCAUCUACACUAGCCACAGCCUACAAACGACUGUUUCGCUUCACCGUCGAGCGAAUCUCUUCUUCUCACUUCAACCACCCCAUUCACCCUACACCGUCAACAUGGAGUCUGAAGACGACUCUCCCGGUGAGGCAGGAGACAUGAGAGGGAACCAGGCAGGGAAGAACACUGAAGGAAACAAGCACGGAGGAGCUACCGAUGACAACAUUCAAGAUGGAGGAGUGUCAGAUCUCAAGCUUAUGGAAGCUGCGUACAUCCAGUCACUCUUCGUGCCCGUCGACAAUCCGAUCUUCAUCUUGCAGCUACCACCAAACCUUCGUCAACGAGUAUCGAAUCGCGACUUUCUCGAAGAUCAGGUACAGCGUCACCUCGCACUGGAGCCUCUUCCAUCUGCAUCACAACAUACAAGUACAGGUAUAAUCGCUAUGGGAGAGACCAACUCGGAAAUGAUCGAAGACGCCGUCAUCAAGCACAUCGAGAGCCUCAGUCAUGCCAACGAAACCCUCCAUGAUUUUCGAAUGCGCCUUCGUCGCGAGCCAACCGACGACGACGAGAUGUUGAGCGUAUCUAUCGACGCCAUCGCCUACGCUCUCAUCAAGGAAACAGUCUCGCAAGAGAUAGUUGAGCGGCUUUUGCUCUUGUUCGUAUCUUACCCGACCAGCCUACCGAGAGUCGACGUCAUGGCUUUCAAGUACUUGUGCUCGAUCACGACAGUGGAAGAUUUGGUCGUGGCCGUCUUCAAAGUUCUGGAAAGCAUGCUGGUUCGGUAUCCGGAAGACCAGGAAGGUAUAUUUAUUAUGCUGCUUGCUGGGGUCAGAGUUGUUGGUGCGAAAUACCACGUCGAAGCAUGCUUGCGUCAAUGCUGGUGGGAGAGGGAUGACGACUAUGAAUGGUAG